CACUCGUCGUCGAGACCCGUCGACGUCGACGAGCGCGACGACGUCGGCGUGAGCGUCAAGGCGACGGUCGCGCCGGUGGGCCAGGGAUUCUUCAUCGAAGGUAACGUGCGGAUGUGUUGCGUGGUGGAGUGCGAGUGCUGCGGCGUCGCGCACGUCGGCGAGGCCGUCGAAGCGCCCAUGCGGAUAUGGCUGGAUGCCGCCGCGUCCGAGCCCGAUGCGAGCGGCGAGUGGGACAUCGUGCCGUUCCGGCGCAACGCGGAGGAGUGCGACCUGACGGGGGCGGUCAGGGACUACGUCCGGCUGGCGGCGCCGUACGAGACGCUGUGCUCCGCGUGCGGGGACGGAGACGGGGACGCGGACGAGCCGUUCACGUUCCGCCUGGAGCCCGAGGAUUGAUACAAGGUAGUCCACCCUCUCUAACUGUUUGUCGUAGGAUUUAGUGUUUGAAUAAAGAAAUUAGCAUGAUACGCGUUAAUCGAUACUUUCUUUUCUGUGUCGAUCGACACAUUCUGUUGCAAUGGCCAGCAGUCACGUCCCAGGGGGAAAUCUCCACCACUCUGGGAUUCGGUGCCAAUUUCUCAUUGUUUGAAAGGUCCAAAUGCGCCGAUCACGGCGGCAUUCCUUCGGGAACCGCGAGCGCACGUACGUCGGGGUCGGACGUGCGCUCGCCGAGAAACGUCCCCGUUCGUUUAAGCUCACGCGGAAAGGCGGUUCGCGCGACGCGGCCGCCCGAAACAGCGAGAUGCAGCGCAAGGACGGGCUCCCCCCGUUCGAGAGGCGCGGCAUGAACCCGUUUCAGAGGUUCGCGUCCAGGCUAAAGCACGGUUUGGACGCGAAGCGACGCGAGAUCGGCGCCAAGCUCGACGCGAAGCGCGCCGAGCUCGACGCGAAACGCGAAGAUCUGGUCGCCACAUUCAUGGCGAAGCACGACCUCGGCGCGGGGGUGUACGCACCGAACAGGGCCGAGCGAAGGACCGAGAAGAAGAACCGGAAGCAGGAGAGCGCGCGUGAGACCGCGCGAGGCGCGAAGGUUCACCUCGUCCUCAACUCGAUCAAGAUCGCGGACCCGGCGCCCGGGGUUCAACCGGCCACCAACGGCGGAGCCGCGGCGAAGGAAUCGGAGAAUUCCACCCCCGCCGGCGCCGAGAAGAAGGAGAAGAAGGCUCCAAACUCGGCCACCGCGGUGUUCGGCCCGAAGCUCAAGCCGCAGAAGGUCACCGUGGACGACCUCAGCGCCAACGACCGAGCGGCAGUGCUCGGCGUGCCCCUGACGGCUAGGAACCUCGCGGGGGCGGCGAUGUUCGCAUUCGCGGUGUACGCGGUCAGUAAGGCGGCUCGGGGAGGAAAGAACCGUGAGGACGAGGACGACGCGGGCAAGGGCGCGUCCAAGUCCUCCCGGUUCGGACUCCUCGACCUGGACAGCGCGUUCACCACGACGCCCGCCAAGGGCAACACGCCGCGCCGGUCCGGGACCAAGGGCGCCAGCCCCGCGGUUGACGUCGAGUGCGACUCGACGUCCAAGCAGCUGAUGGAUCAGCUCGAGCGGGUCGCGGUCGACGUGCCCAAGGCGGCGGCGGAGAUGCUUCGCAACGGGCUGACCCCCGCCAAGAAGAGCCCCGCCGCCAACGGCAAGCGCGCGGUGAAGCGCGUCAACCCCGCGCACGUUCGCGCGAAGCAGAGACGAAUGGAAUCGAGUCGGCUCGUCUCACCCGGCCGCCUCGUCGCGAAGGUGCUCGGCGUGAGCCUGGCCGCCGCCGCGGACUCGUGUAAGGGAGCCGCGGCGGGGGUUGACGCGCCCGCCGUCGAGUACUCGGUGAGGAUCGAGUGCAGGCGGGGCGACAAGCUCAUGGGGGGCGUCACGUCCAAGCGCGGCGUCAACAAAGACGGGAAAACCGUCGACGUCAAGCAGAAGAUGCGGUUCAACCUCCCGGCCGCCAAGGACGAGGGCGAGAUCACGCUUCGGCUCUGCGACGCCAAGGGCAAGACGGUGGCGAGGUCCGGUCUCACCCUCGUGGACGUCCUCAGGGUCUCGCCGGUCACGAAGGACUUCCAGCUCUUUGGAAGGGACAUGAGGACCUUUGCCAACGCUAAGAUCGCGUUCACGUGGGAACCCAACGCGUGA